GUUGUGCCCUGAGUCACCCUGAGUAGGAUCCAGCUCUGUCCUGCAGCGCAAAGCAGCAGGGUGGUCUGUAUAUGCAGGCGGAGGAGCAAGCAGUACAUUUGAUCUUUCCUUUGGAAGAGUUUUUCUUCACUUAGAACAGAACAGCCAGACUAGAGGAAGUGGCAAGAACGUAUUGCUGAACUUCUAGAGAGACAGACGGCGACAGUUCCCUCCUCUUCAGUGGUGGCUGUGCUGUAAAACUGUGCUCCAGGUUAUCCAAGCAGUUGAUACAUGUGAAACAUCAAAAGAUUUAGUGUCAAGGAUCCACAUCUGAGUGGGCUGCACUCAGACUACUGCAGGAAUUUCAAAAUGAUUGAACAGACCAUAGCGGAGUGGAGAAAUACUGAUUUUGCUGAUGGAUCCAGUGGCCUGUAAUGAGUUCGUCCCAGGAACUGAGAUUCAAGCUUGUGGAAAGGAGACUUUAGAGGCUUGAAAAUAAUAAUUAAGAAAACCCCAUGCCAAAAUCUCCUAUCUGCACAAACACAAGUUGAUCUAAAGAUUAAUGCAUCGACCUGAUGAUGAAUCGCCUGUGGUGUUGAGGAGGUUAAUUCUUGCUUUUGGCUGCAUUGGAAAUCGGAAGUUAAUGCUCAUGAGAAGUAAAACCAGAGAACGUGGGUUACGUGGCGCACCUAAAGAUCUCGGAGGCAGCAGCAAAGAGGCAAAAUUUCUCUUUGAAGCAGUAACUUCAGCUGUGUGUUCUUGUGUGCACUGGGAACUGAGAGAAAUAGCAGCCAGCCUGCGAGAAAAUGCCAGCUAAAGGUAAAUACUUCUUCAACGAAAAUGACGACUGCAGGAUAUCGGACCCGCUCUAUGAGAAGUACCACUAUACAAGCCAGCAGCAUCCACUCCUGCUAUUGCUGCUCUUCAUUUCAAUCAUCUUCUGGACUACUCUAAUUAUAAUCUUUUUUGUCACUGAUGAACCACAUGAUCAUCUUGCCUUCAUCAUUGCAGUAUGUGCUGCUCUUGUCAUAUUUGCAGUAAUGUACUUACUUUUAUGUAUUGAAUCCCUCUUUCGGAGAUGGCUAACGUUAUUUGGAGUUAUGAUUUGGAUUUGCUUCUUAAUUGUGGGAUAUGUAUCUCUUUUUGAAAAGGAAAAUGAUUAUCAACUGUGGGAGCAGGUGCCAUUCUUUCUCUUCAUGAUCUUCACAGUUUAUACCAUGCUGCCCUUUGGAAUGAGAGAUGCUGUCAUAAUUAGUGUUCUCUCUGCUCUUUCCCAUAUUAUUGUUCUAAGCGUUGUGGUAAGCAUGACUUCUAAGGAAAAUAAGGAAUCCAUUCUAUUUCAGCUGCUUGCCAAUGCUGUCAUUUUUCUUUGUGGUAACUUGAUGGGUGCAUUUCACAAACGCCAAAUGCAAGUUGCUUCCUGGGAUUUGUAUAGAUACACAUUGAAGUGCAUUCAGGUCCGAAUGAAACUGAAGAUUGAAAAGAGGCAACAAGAAAACUUGCUUUUGUCCAUACUGCCAGCUCAUAUCUCAAUGGAAAUGAAGCUAGCAAUCAUCGAGCGGCUGAAGGAAACCAAUGAUAAUAGGCAAAUGCAUGACAACAACUUCCACAGUCUGUAUGUAAAAAGGCACCAAAAUGUUAGCAUUCUUUAUGCAGACAUUGUAGGAUUUACUCGCCUUGCCAGUGACUGCUCUCCUAAGGAGCUGGUAGUGAUGCUGAAUGAACUUUUUGGAAAGUUUGAUCAGAUUGCAAAGGAGAAUGAAUGCAUGAGAAUAAAAAUUCUGGGAGACUGUUACUACUGUGUCUCAGGCCUGCCUGUGUCUUUACCAGUUCAUGCCAGGAACUGUGUUAAAAUGGGACUCGACAUGUGUGAAGCAAUAAAGCAGGUGAGAGAAGCCACAGGAGUGGACAUCAACAUGAGGGUUGGCAUUCAUUCUGGGAAUGUGCUGUGUGGUGUCAUCGGCCUCCGUAAGUGGCAGUACGAUGUCUGGUCGCACGACGUGUCCUUAGCGAACCGCAUGGAGUCUGCAGGUGUACCUGGCCGCGUGCACAUCACUGAAGCAACGCUAAAUCACCUAGGCAAGGCUUAUGAAGUAGAAGAAGGAAAUGGACACCUGAGGGAUCCUUACCUUGAAUCCAUGAAUAUCAAAACCUACUUAGUCAUUGAUCCCAGGUCCAAACAAUGUGUGUCAAAUAAUCAUCUCCCUAAAACAAGAGUUAAUGAUGGGCUGAAGAUGCGAGCAUCUGUUCGGAUGACGCGUUAUUUAGAGUCCUGGGGAGCAGCCAGACCCUUUGCCCACCUGAACCACAGAGAAAGUGUGAGCAGUGACUCCUCAAGUUCACAAGGCAGGCGAAGAAAGGAAAUACCUUUGUGUUCCACUGGGCGCCAGAGAACUUCUGAUAGAAAUUCAUCUCAAAAGGGAAGGAUAGAGGAAGAUAUUUAUGAUGAAAUGAUGUCAACCAUUGAGGGCCUCAGCUCAGCUAAUCCGUGGUGCGGCAAAUCAGAUGGCUUCUGUGGAUUUUCACUCAUUUUUGCAGAACCCGGUCUUGAAAAAGAGUAUCGCACCAUUCCUAUUCUAAAACUGAAGAGUUACUUUGCGUGUGCCGGUUUUGUGUUCCUCUGCAUAUUCCUGAUACAGAUGUUUAUAAUGCCAAAAACUGCAAAACUAGGAAUUUCCUUUGGCAUUGUUGCAGUCAUCAUUGCACUCAUUUUGUUUGUGUGCUUUGCUGAGAAAUGUAUGAGAUGCUGUUCAGAACAGCGGCCUUCCCUGCGCCGUCUUUGUGCUAUCUCGGAAAAAGUGGAAACAAUGCCUUUACUUAGGCUUCCUUUAGCAGUCAUCACUAUAGGUGCCUUGCUGAUUAUAGCAAUUUUUAAUUUGACUACUGAAAUGAACAAACCUGCAAACUUUACUGGAUCAAAUGACCUGUGUGCUACUACCUAUCCUUUUGGAAACACAACUCAAUCCUGCAUUGAAGAAACCUAUUACGCUUACUGCUGCAUACUGGGGUUCAUUGCUUGCUCAGUAUUUCUUCAAAUGAGCUUCGAACUCAAAGUUCUCCUCCUGUCCAUUGCUGUGACUGUGUACCUCGUCAUUUUUAAUACCCUUCAGCAUAGAAACUACAGCUUCUCUGGCAACAGUACCAGGCUUUUCGUCAAAGAGCCAAGGAUAAUGACGAAUUUAUAUCUGGUUCUAUUUUAUGUAACCUUAAUUUUACUAGCAAAACAGAUCGACUAUUACUGUCGACUGGAUUGUCUGUGGAAGAAUAAGUUUAAAAAAGAACAUGAACAGUUUGAAACGAUGGAGAAUGUUAACAGGCUUUUAUUGGAAAAUGUACUUCCAGCACACGUUGCUGCCUAUUUCAUUGGUGAAAAAAGAAAUGAGGACUGGUACCAUCAAUCUUAUGACUGUGUCUGUGUCAUGUUUGCAUCAGUGCCAGAUUUUAAGGUGUUCUAUACUGAAUGUGAUGUCAAUAAAGAAGGUCUGGAAUGCCUGCGGCUGCUAAAUGAAAUCAUUGCUGAUUUUGAUGAGCUCUUGCUAAAACCUAAAUUUAGUGGUGUUGAAAAAAUAAAAACCAUUGGAAGCACUUACAUGGCAGCUGCUGGUCUCAGCAUUACACCAGGCCAAGAGAACAGCCAGGAUAAGGAAAGACAGCAUGCUCACAUUGGGAUUAUGGUGGAAUAUGGAAUCGCCUUGAUGAGUAAACUGGAUGGCAUCAACCGACAUUCCUUUAACAACUUCCGCUUGCGCAUUGGGAUAAAUCAUGGCCCCGUGAUUGCUGGCGUGAUCGGUGCCCGGAAACCUCAGUAUGAUAUCUGGGGCAACACUGUCAAUGUUGCCAGCCGAAUGGAGAGCACGGGCGAGCUUGGGAAAAUCCAGGUCACAGAAGAAACAAGUAAAAUACUACAGGAGUUGGGAUAUUCGUGUGAAUGCAGGGGACUCAUUAAUGUCAAAGGCAAGGGAGAACUGAGGACUUACUUUGUUUGCACCGAGACUGCCAAAUUCCAAGGUAUGGGACUGAAUUGAGGCCAGGAUGACGUUAAUAAAAAUAGACUUAGAACUGCCUUCAUUCUGUGAAGACGUAGAAUUUCCCUCCUUAUGUGAAGGAAUUUAUUCUAAAACCAUAUAUGUACUGUUCCUAUUUCUUCUACAUCUCAAGAAAAGAGAAUAUUUUCUUUUGAAAGAAUUUCUGAAAUGUUCCCAAAAGACUCCUGACCACUAGUCUGAAAAAGGCUGCCUCUUCCUGAAAUAACUUGCGGAUUUACCUGGAAUUGCCCUGAAGCAUUUUCAGUGAUUUCAUUUCCUUACCUGCACUGUGGGAGUCUUAACAGCUCCAGUAACAACGUACAUGGAUGCACUGUUGAAGUCAUUACCACGUUAAAACAUUCCACUGCUUCGUUCUUGGACACGCACCUGUUUACAGUAUUGCCUUUGUCACAGACCUGCGAGAUGAUACUCGGGGCACUGCGUAUCCUGCUUUGAACGCUAAACAAACUUCACAGCAGAAGAUGGCUGAAAAAUGGAGAGGAAGACAAGUAAACUCAAAUGUAUCCUAUGAUCAUUGAGCUGAGCUCCCGUGGGGAAAAAAUAUUAAUUGCACAGCAUUGGAUCACUUUAUUGUCCUCACCGCCUCCAUGGUAGAACUUUGUAUUAUGCUAAUGUUUUCAUCACUAACAGCUAUUCAGAAAUAACUUCACCUAGUUCAGAGUGUUUACAUUAUAUUACAUGUUCUUCUUUUGUAUCUCUGUGCUUAGGAUCUGCCUGCACAUUUUAUACAGUCGCAUAGGAAAAUGUCUUUAAAAUUCUGGCUUUAAAUUCCAACAAACGUACCCACUCAUGAGGAGUGCUGAGCUCCUGCUCACACCUUGUGUCACUGGCACCUGGCAGGAGUUCUGCACGCUGCCUGCGUUGCUGAAGGCACUUACAGAAGAAAAAACCCAACUGUUUUGAAUUGUUUGGAAAUGGAAGGACAGAACUAAGUAGUGAGAAGUGUUAGAAACUGUAUAGAUUCUGUUUGGGGUUCCUUUUCCUUUUUCUUCUUGCUUUGAUUUGAGCAGCUACUGGCUGGUUUAUGUAUUUUUUAAAGGCAAUGCAGUUUAUGAAACAAACUGGUUUUGAAGAUUACAAAAGGAUGUAUGGAAAUGUUUCAGCAGAGCCUUGAUGCUGAAAGUAUGCACUGAGCAUAAGUAAGAUGAUGAUGGAAAUGGACGUGCUCUAAGUUAGGUUAGUCUGAAACAUUUUUAAGCUGUUUAUGGCUUUUGCUAAAUUAGCAUCUUUCUACUUAUUGCAAUCAAUCUGCUUUCCGUUGAUGCAGAUGAUACUUUUUGUAAGGCCAACAUCUUGUGCCCGUUAUAUGUAUUAACUAAGGAUGGAUUCCCCCUUCCCCUGCUAUGCACCACGUGUAGCAGCACGACUAAGCAGCAUGGUGAUCCAUGAGUUCAACUGUUUUGUUAAGCCUUACUCUUCUACAAAGCAGCAUUUACUCGUAUUUCUGGGUUAGUACCAUAGCAUACUGGAAAAGUGUUUAACAAGCAGUCCUGUGCAUCACUGCCACUUUCUAAUUACUGUGUAAUUUCUUUAGAUGAUUAAGUGACUAUGUUUCAAAACAGGAACAAAUCUAAAUAUUGUCCAACUGUGGAUUAAAAUUGUGCUCAUAGCCUUUGUCAGUGGGGUAGGUCAAACCUGUGUUUGUAGUUUCCAACAGAAAAUGGCACGUUAGCAAACCUUAGUGGGAAGUUGCCUGGCUCAUGUAUGGACUCUGCUGAAGAAGGAAGUUUCAUACUUGGUGUCUUGUCAGUAUAAGGUCAGUGUUGUAGUUGAAUAAAAUUUCAAACAGAUUUUGCUCCUCUUGUAUGUUGUGUAUUUGUAGUAACAGAUGCUCAGCAAGCAUUUGUUGUGAGAAUUUAUUUAUUGUUUUAUAAGGACCACGCACGUGUCAAAGACUCCUUUUAGCAGCCUUUGAUGUCAUAUGUUAGGUGAAGUCACUGCCUCGUGAAUAUAUUUUGAGAAGCGCAUUAUGCCUGUAGGUAGAGCUGGCUCUGAAGUGUUCACAGAACUCGGAGAAUGCAGAUGCAAGUUAUCUAUGAAAGAAAAUUUCCUGACUGUAACAGCAUUUUGAAUUGCUUUUGUUUACAUGAUGUUGCCCUUCAGGCUAGUGACUUGCUUUGGCAUAACUUCAACUUAACCUUGUUUACAGAAGUGGUAUCAAGACCUGUAGCUUCCGAACUGGAGGAAGAAGAGUUUUGUUGCAGUUUAAAAAGGCGAUCACUCACUUGCACUACUCUCUCGGUGCCAGAGCACUGUGCGAAGCACGCCUGGAGAGGUUAGAAACUGCAAUGAAAAGGGGGCUGUAUCUGAGGGUGACUUUCUCAUUUCUCAUCAGAGCUGGAACUGUGUAAUGUGAGAGUUGUGGGAAAAGUUCAAUUUAAGAAGCAACUGUAUUUAAAUAAUUGUUUUCAGCAGUCAUUUGAGAGUGAACUGUGAUGUUUAAGAUAGAGGAAAUAACCUUGGUAGAAGAAUCUUCCUUACAGCAUUUUUGUUUUCUUAAACUGAGAAAAUGGCACUGUAUCCAAUUUGAAGAGCUAAUAAUGUCUUGAAUUAGCGAUCUAUUUUAAAGAACAAACUUUUGUUUUUACCGGUAAAUAAAAAAACACUUCCUGAAACUUGUUUGGGUUAGCAGUUAUUUUGAUGAGAGUUUCCAUGAAAAGGAGCUGUGUUUCUUAUCCCCCAUAGUGUCAAUGAGAGGAGUUUUGCUCAUAAACUUGGUGUUUGCAUUUUUUAAAAAGAAUUGUGUAAAUGGAAAUCGUGUAGAGGGACAUCUUGAGUUCAACAGCUAGAGAAUAAUCUCAGUACUCUAUUUUCUGUCACCUAUGGUCACCUGCUGCCUUCCAUGAAAGGUAGGUGAUGGACAAAGCUGCAAGGAGCUCCUAUUGAGUUGCCCGGCCUGGUGGUUGUGCAUGGUAUCUACUCUUGUGGCAUGAAAAUGACUUAAAUAUUAAUGGGAAAAUUUAUUUCCUGGAGUAAUAUUUCUGCUGCCAUUACCCAGAAUAAUGAAAAAAAUUCUAGUGAAUUUUUUAAUAAAGAACUGUUAUGGAAAAAUUGAAACUACUGGAGAAAAAUCUAAGCUGACAGUUCAGCCUUUUCAGAAAGAAAUUUAAGACUUGUGAAAUUUUAAAAACGAUUAAAAACCCACUUCUGCAGCUGUUUUCAGAAA